AUGUUUAAAAAUCGGAAGUCCACGUUACUGGCAAAGAAGCAGUCAGAUUUAGUGACGAUCCAAGAGACGGAGUCGCUGGCAAGUACCGGCUCGAGUGGUCAACAGCCAAAGCAGCGUCGAUUGAACGAGCCAACGGAAAAUGUGGAAGAAAACGACCCGUUCGGCAGUCAGUUCUCUAUUCCAGCCAGCCAGCUAAACAGUCAGCGUCGGUACUUGUCCCAGCGAAGCAAUCUGCAGAAGUCGCAAAGCGCCCGAACCUCUCGUCGUGUUCCGGUGAACUACUACGAAACAGUCCUGCUGAAAUGUGCUCUCGAGUUGGAUGACCCAGUGUCAGUCGUGCUACGUUGUGAACCGUUGGCUUUUGUACGUCAGCUGCGGACCAUACUUCGCAGCAGUCCAGAGUUUCCCCGAAACGUAAAAGAUUUCGUAAAUGGUGUUGAGCAAGUUAGUCGCCAACGGGAGGAAUUUCGAAAAUUGCUGGAAUGUUGUCAGAUGCAGAAUCCAACAACGCACGAAAGGAAACCGGUCCAGGAGAGCCUGAUGAAGUUGUUGUUGUGUGUUGAUUUCAUGCAGCUUGAGCUGAUCGGUUUACUGUUUGAUUACGUGGAGCGGUCGGCAUCGGAAUCGGUGGAUGCGGUCGGCUUGGCUGGUUUGGUGCUGUCGCAAAUCAAAUUCAUCGAUCAUACCUCUCACGGAACGUUUGUAUUCAACCGUUAUUUUGGAGUGCUUGAGCGAUCUGGACGAAACAGACAACUGAUGGAAGCGGCCAUGGUUUCACUGGAGGAUGUAAUUGAUGUUACUAAACAUGAUGCAGCCUUUCGGCGGAUAUUGGAUCUGUUUCCUCGUGCUGGUGAUUUGUUUACGAUCUCCAAUGUAACGGUGUUUUGUGAAAUGUGCUUGAACAACAGCACUCUGCGGACGACACGACAAAAAAUUCUGGAUUACGUGGAGAGUGGUUGCGACGUUGAAAGUUUUCCUAUAUUGGUGAGAUUCCUGCUUAAGUUCAACAGUGUCGAAUUGGAUGGUCUGCACGAUAAUAUUCAGCUAAGUCGGCAGGUCAUUGAACGUUUGGUGCAACUACGCGAGGAUUCCGGACCCACAAGUAGGUGCCUUACAGAAAUCUUUCAGUUUAUCCUACAAGCGCUGACCGUUUCCACUCUGUUGUACGAAUCGUGGAUUAAAUAUUGUCGACUGUUGACGGACGAGGAGUCACACAUGUCGUUGGAUUUGCUGAUAAUGCUGAUGAUGCUCAAAGUAAAUGAGAUUCGGAGCGGUACGGUUCAAAAAAUGCUUAUCAACAAAAUAAGAAAAGGUCAUGUAACUAUUUCCCACAUGAAAGACCUUACGAGAAAUUUUGGAUGCGUCCUCAAAACGCACCUCGACGGAGUGCUAGAUUUUGUCGAGUGUUGCUUGAAGGAAAGGCAAAGUGAGGUGUGCGAAUUCGGUGUGAAGUCGAUGGGGUAUCUUUUCUCAGCAGACAGCAUGAAUAAUCGAAUGGUUUUAAACAAGCUGGUCGGGUUCAUGUGCGAGAUGGCAUUAAUCAAUGAAGGCCGACGUAAUGACCACAUGAUCGCCGUUUGUAUGGAUGCUUUGUCUACUAUCUACGAAAACUAUCCAACGGAUAUUCGGCACAAUGCUCACGUACUGUUAAAAAUAAUGGAAAUUUCACUGGAUUUAACGUUGCAACAGUAUCGGAUGGCGGUUGAGUUAAUUUGCGAUGCAAUACGCAUUCCCGACAGUCCACUGGAGAGUAAUGAAACAUGGGACGACUUGAAUAUCAUCAUCAAAAAGCAAUUGUUGAGUGCAAAUAAGGAGAUCAAGAAAAAAGGUGUCGUAGGAGUGGUUUGCCUCAUUCAUCACAUGUUAAAGAAUUCGUCCACAACUAGCUCAGAGUUGAACAGCAGCUUCGAUUCGGAAAAGACGAUUGAAACGGCCAGCGACAUUCCAACCGCAGCCGGUCGGGAAAUAGGAAACAUGAUUAAUAUGAUGCUGACAUCAUCCAACGAAUCGACGGAUAUUCUCGCGCUCUGUUACGACGAAUUAGCAGAAAUGUUACAAGCUUUCGCACGCAAUGUUGGCAAACCGGAGAAAGCUUUUUCCGUAUGGCUGUGUGACGUUUUAACGAAUGAUUUUCAAAACUAUUUCAUCGUGGAAGAAAUUCCAUCUGGCGGUCCCGUACAAUACGCAAAGAAAUUAUGCAUCAAUGAUGUCUCGGAUUUAGAGAACACAAAUACCGAAGCAUACUCAAUAGCUGUCAACAUCGCUGAGAAUAUGCUGACCUUCAACAGCCGUUACUCGUCGAUGUGCUUCUUUUUGUCCAUGUUCAAAUUGAUGAAAACCCUCCAAGCGAUCCGUUACGAGGGCAACCUUGAAUCUAUCAAUGCUCUACUGGGAUGUGCUGUUAUUGUUCCAAUCUUCUACGAGGAAGCCGAGGAAAAAAUCCUGCUAGAAACCUAUGAAGAGGACAUCUGUCGUCAGCUGCUGGAUGCAUACUUUUACGUAGCAAACUGGUUCCGUGAGUUGAUUAACGCUUUCAUCACCCAGAAAGAUACCCUAAUGCAUCGAAAAGUGCUACAAAGACUGUCUGCUUUAGUGGAUUUGGAGCAGCGCCUGGCAGGACUGCUGCGUCAAGUGGAUUUCGAUUAUUACCCACCCACGUGCGAUUUUUCUAUCACCGUGCAGCUGAAACCGUCGAAGCAUGUUCCCAAAGAAUCAACCUCUAAGCAAAACAUCACUCUUAAUGCUACUAAAACGCAACUGCCUGCUACCGGAAAACCGCGCAAAACAGAAGAUUUAUCUGAAUUCGACACCGAAACAACAUUACUGCGCCAUCGUAAGGGGUUCAGACUAAUGGAAAGUAGUUCAAUCCAAAUCUUUCGGGAAUCGCUGCAUUUGUGUCAAACUCUACCGAAUGAUAAAAUCGGAACCAGCAUCAGCCUUGCUGAGUACCGCUUUUUACUAGAUACAGUUACUAGUGCGGUUGAAUCCAAGGUCUCCACAAGGGCCAAACUAACCUGCAAUUACACUUUGGAAGAUCUUCUGUCGGUGACUGAAUAUAUCGUCGCAAAUUUCGUUAAAAUCAAAGCAAAACGACUCGAAAUAAAAUCCUCAUCCGACGCGACCAUGCAGCUUGAGUUGAAAGCCCUCAACUGUUGCUUUAACUGGUCUCUAAGAUUGUUCACUGCCAUUCUACAGCUAGCAAAACUCCAGCAACCAGAACAACUGGACAUUAUCAUACAGAAACUUCACAAAAUAGUCAAUCCCGCCCGUACAAUUCUCCGACCUAGCGAAGAUCAAAUCGAAGACAUUCUUGCAACUGAACUGAACCACAGAAACGCCUUCAAAGAUUUGUAUACAGCCAGCUGUCUAUACAAAUUUGGUCUUGUCCUGGCAAGCAUUGCCCCAUCGACGAGCACAUCCUCCAGCAUUAGCACAUUCUGCCAGAAAUUUAUCUGCUCCAAGUUUCAGUCCAAAUCCGGCAGCAGCGGCCAACUGUCUUCGCUACUGGAAGGUCUCACAGCAACGAUAGAUUUUCCCAAAAUUAAACAACUUGCGCUAGCUUUGGGCGAAGAUUUGGUUGCCUCGAAAGAUGAUGACCGGCACUUUGCCGGCUUACAGCGAAUCCAUUAUCCAGCUCUGUUCCGAGAAUUAUCUAAAGCCUUCAUAAAGUGCAUCCAGGGAGGAAUUCGCUCCAACAGAACCACUGUACAGAAAUUCGUGCUUUGGGAACAGACCUGUGAAAUCCUAAAGCAUUUCUCGGAGGUAACCAAGCAAGCGGACAGUUCGAAAAUGUACGCAUGCUACAUGCGCUACUCUCACACCUGCUUGAAACUUUUCCAGCAAACCGGUCUUAAAGUGCUGGAAGAUGUCCUUAAAGUAUCAGCCGAUCGAGUAAGUCAUCUGUUGAGCACGCUACAGCACAGUACCCGGUAUCUACAUAACAUUUGCUGCUACUCAAAAAAUGUUAAGGACAACAGUUUAACGGCACAGAUACCAUUCCUCAGGGAAACAGUGGAAACGCUCAUUUAUAGCGUAAAGGCCAUCUUAACUGCUAAUGGAUGUGCGUCGGUCUUCUGGAUGGGUAACUUGAAAAACAAAGAUAUAAACGGAGAAAUAAUCUUAUCCCAGGGCUCCGAGAUUGAGCUUGCAGAAGAGAGUGCCGAUUCAGAUAUUGGAGACUUCCUGAGUGAUGAGGAAAGCGCUGGAAAUCCGCAACUUGGAUUACUACGUCGAACCGACUCGAAAGAGAAAUCAUCACAGAGUAACUGUUUUUAG